ACGGCCAUCUAUUUUCUCACUGCAGCUCUCGGUGCGCGCGGACGUGUCUUAAUUUUAUCUGCGUUUGUGCCGUUUCUCGUUCCCGUUCCGUCAGCGGUGUUUGAUCAAAAAAUAGUGUUUCAGUGUCGAAUGUUGUGCGCUGUGCAUAAUGCGUGUCCAGUGUGUAUAGGUUAGUGUUGCUAAAAAAAGUGCUUCCUUCCACAGCAUCCACCACUGUGAGAAGACGACAGUUCUCCCUCUCUAAACAGCUAAAAACAGGCAAACGAGUGUAUCGCCUCUAGUGGAAAAUUAGCCAGACAGACAGCAAACAGUUUCCAAGUGUAGUGCAGUGCAGUGCAGUGUCUGUGUCUUGUGAAGUUCUCUAUCCUCUGCCUGCACACAAUGGCACGAGCACGUAAGAAACCGUGGAUGCAACAGGUGCUGAGCAGCGCGAUCCCAUCCUUCCCGGUGGCGCUACUGCUGGUGUCCGUCUACUGCAACAGCCGCGCUUUGGCGUCGUAUACCGAGCUCGUCAAGGAUGAUCACCUGGAGGGACCGAACGUUUGCAAGGAAGUGGAAAACAUUCCCAUCACGAUAACGACCCCGAAGGAGGAAGCGUACCAGGAACGGUACCAGAAGUGGUGCCUCGGCAUACCGCCCCGCUGCUCCGCGUACCGCAUCAAGAUCCGAACGGUGAACGAAACGCGCACCAUCAACAAGCAGCGGAUCGUGAAGAAGUGUUGCGUCGGCUACCAGCUCGACGAGGAGGAAACGCACUGCAUACCGGAGUGUAAGGCGGGCUGCGGGAACGGCACGUGCGUCAAUCCGGACGUGUGCCGCUGUAACAAGGGCUUUGCUGGCAAAACCUGUAACAUUAGUUGUCCACCGAACGUUUGGGGCUCGGACUGCAAGCAGCCGUGCAAGUGUGUGAACGGUGCGGCGUGUAAUGCGGCCGACGGUAGCUGCGAGUGUAACCGAGGCUUCAAGGGCCGGUACUGCGAGGAAACGUGCGCGAGCGAUCGAUUCGGGCAGAACUGUGCCGAAAUCUGUCAGUGCGGAAACGGUGGCAAGUGUGACAAUGUGUCCGGCGAAUGCUACUGUGCGCCAGGAUUCACGGGACCACUGUGCACGGAAACGUGUCCGGCCGGUACGCACGGGAAGCAGUGCCAGUCGAAAUGCCGCUGCCAGAACGGUGGGACGUGCGAUCCAGUGACGGGUGAGUGUGUGUGUCCGGCCGGGUACACCGGUACGGUGUGUGCGAACCGCUGCCAGCCCGGCUGGUACGGGCUGGAGUGUGCGAACCGCUGCGAAUGCUUCAACGGUGCCGACUGCGACCGGGUGACGGGCCAGUGCCUAUGUGCGCCCGGCUUCAUGGGCGCCAAGUGUCUCGAUUCCUGCCCGAACAAUCAGUUCGGCAUCAACUGCACGGAGACGUGCCGGUGCCUGAAUGAGGCGCUGUGUGACUCGGCCGACGGAAGCUGCACGUGUCCGGACGGGUGGACGGGAGCGGACUGCGGACAGCGGGUGUGUCCGGUCGAUCGGUACGGUGCCAACUGUACCGGCAUCUGUGAGUGCAAGUGGAGCAACACGAAAAUGUGCCAUCCGUGGACCGGUAAGUGUCAGUGCGAACCGGGAUGGAGCAACAGUGCCUGUGACAGGCCAUGCCGCUUCCUGCGCUACGGACAGGACUGCCAGCUGACGUGCAACUGCAAAAAUUCGUCCCCUUGCUCACAUAUCGAUGGAACGUGCCUGUGUAUUGCCGGGUUUAAGGGCGAAAGCUGCGAGGAACCCUGCUCGAACAAUAUGUACGGCCAGAACUGUAGCGAACGGUGCCAGUGCAUGAACGGGGCCACCUGCGAGGGGGAUUCGGGCAAGUGUCUGUGUGCGCCGGGCUGGCAGGGCAUCAAGUGCGAUAGGCCCUGCGACGCGCAGCACUAUGGGCGCGACUGUACGGAAAGGUGCCUCUGCCAGAACGGUGGCGUGUGCAACCCGAUCAAUGGGCAGUGCACGUGUCCGGCCGGGUGGACGGGCGAGCUGUGCGACCGGAAGUGUACGCCCGGCCGGUUUGGGCAGAACUGUGAGCAGCUGUGCGAUUGCCAUUUGGAGAACAUUUUGGCGUGCAAUGCAACCACCGGCCGGUGCAUUUGCAAGCGCGAGUGGGGCGGUGUGCGCUGUGAAAGCCGCUGCCCGCUGGGCUACUACGGCGACACGUGUAGCGAAAUUUGCACCUGCCACAACAACUCGUCCUGCGAUCCGAUCACCGGGGCGUGCAUCUGUGCCCGGGGCUGGACCGGACGCACCUGUAGCGAACCCUGCCCGAAAGGUUUCUUUGGCCACGGGUGCAUGGAACGGUGUCCCGGUUCGGCGGAAAGCAAUCGUACCUGCAAUCCGAUCACCGGCCAGUACACCUGCCCACCGGGCUUCAUCGGACCGACCUGCGAGCAUCCCUGUUCGUCCGGGUACUACGGGCAGGAUUGUGCGAGAAAGUGUGACUGUAGGAAUGGGGCCGAAUGUAACCACAUUACCGGCGAGUGCCAGUGUACGCCGGGCUGGACCGGGCCGCGGUGUGAGACGGUGUGUGAGGACAUGUACUACGGGACGAACUGUAGCCAGCGCUGCAGCUGCUACAACAAUGCCAAAUGCCGCAAGAACGAUGGCACGUGCGUUUGUGAGGCGGGCUGGAUGGGACACCGGUGCGAUGAGGUGUGCCCGGAAGGAUUCUACGGCAACCACUGUAUGGAUGCGUGCGAGUGUCCGCCCGGGAACUUCCUGUGCCACGCGGCUAGAGGAUGCGUGUGUAUGGUGGGCUGGAGCGGCAAGAACUGUGACGAGCGGAUGGCGCAGGCGCGAAUCGAUGAAGGCUCUUCUGGCUCCGUACUGGCCGUCGUACUAACGAUCCUGUUCGUGUGCAUAUUCGCCGCAAUGCUGCUCUACUACCGGCGCCGCGUUGCUAAUCUGAAGGCCGAAGUGAACCACGUCGUUAACUACAUGACCCAGGAGCAACCGAGCCACUUCGACAAUCCCGUGUACGCACGAACUGGCGGUGCAAACGGGGGCGUUGCAAUCGGGACACUGUCCUCGAACGGGACGAUCGUACCACCGCUGGAUGCACGCACCGGACUGCUGCGGAACGUGCUGCCAAACAAUCUGCGUGACGUGAUGUCGGGCCGGCGGCGUCCGAAGCAAGACAAGUACAGCUACCCGGACAACGAGUACGGUGUGGAUAAGUCGUACUCCAUCUCACACUACGGACCGGAGAGCUUGAAAAACUUCGAAGCGGACAUGACCAACCCGAACUGCUUCAAGGAUCACGUGUACGAUGAGAUUCGGUUGAAGGAUUCGAUCGACACGGAAUACGAUCAUCUGGAUUACUCGCGCCCAGGAAGCUCACACAAGGCUCACUACUUCCGCAUGACGGACGGAACCACAAAUGGAACCGUUCCGGGAGCGCCACUCCCGAACGGUACGCUCGCUAGCACAGCCAUGAUGGCCGGCCCAUCGGGUGGUGGUUCCCCGAAGGCAAUCAACGUACUGCGCGAUACCUCCGGUGGUAGCAGCAGUAGUGGUGGUGGUGGUGGCGGCCCGAUCAACAACCUGUCCGCGCCACCCCGCAUCAACAACCUUCUGCCGGCCGUACCAUCGUCCGUCGGUACCGAGCCGAAGAAGUGUAGCAACACCGACCCACCGUCGAACCUCGGUAACGAUCUAUCCUCGUCCUCGAACUCAUCCCCAACGCCACCAUCAUCCCCCUCACCGUCCCCGCACAGCCAGCGGCUCGUACCGGCGAGCGGAGACGAUCUCUACGUACCCAUGACGGCGGGCGGCGACCCCGGCUCGGCCACCGCGUCCACGUCGUCCGGUUCCGAGUACGGGGGCCUAAACAUACCCAACCAUCAGCUCAACAUUAAGGAGUGAAGUAGCGUGUUGCAUUUCGUUGCAUUUUCCGUGUGAUAUAUGUAUCUGCCCCCGAGGUUCCCGCAUAUCCUUCCUUGCUGUUUGUUCCUUUCGUUCGUUUGCGCUCCCCUAUUCCUUCAUCAGCAUCUCCCGAACAUCCCUACUAUUCAUUUGGCGUUGUGUAAGGCGACACGCGUUUGCAAUGGACGGUGUUUGGUGUUUGAGUUUUUCUUUUAUUUCAUUCCGCCGUUCAUUAUCCGUUUACUUUUAGGUGUUUAAUUUUUAGGGCGAGCGAGCAAUGUGCUGACUGUCUACUGCGUCGUGUGUGUGUAUCUGUCCCACAGUCUGUAUGUGUGUAUAUUUAUAAAGAAAAAAAGAUUCUCUUGUGACGAUGGAAACGGAAGGAAAGGAAGGAAAGACACAACCCCGUGCCAAAUGGUAGUAGAGCGAGCAAUGGGCCAGCAUUUGUGAGGGCAGGCAGUUUUGGCUGUGUCCAACACGAAGCAUACUGUAUUGAAUCUCAGCCACAGGACAGGACAGGAUAGCGGGACCGUCGCUAAUGGCAUUUUGGAUUCGCUAUGCAGGAGAGCCGAGGAAAAGCAAGUGUGUGUGUGUGCUGCGGCGACCCGGAACUGAUUUUCAUCCCGUUCGUUUUGUUUUGUAUAUUCACUUCAUUUCACAACGAAUGCUUUUUUUUUGCGUGUAGCGCGGAGCAAAGGUGUAAAGAAAUUUAAUUUUAAAUAAUAUUUUUAAAAAAUAUACACCACACUAGCAGUGAAGAGAACAUGGGGGGUAUUGCAACUUGUCAGUAACUGCCACAGUAAGCAGAAGGGGGGGGGGGGGGGGGGGGUCGCCGAAACUAUCCUGAUUAGGUUUGUUUUACCUAGGAUAUGUAGGAAUAGGAUGCGUAAAUUAUGCUAAGCGAUACGAAGAGUUAAAAAAGAAGGAAAAGAAAAGCGGAUUUCCAUCCCAUUCUUCGAAAGGAGCUAAAUGUACAAGGCAAGUACAACCCUGCACUUUAGUUACUUCCUCCAGGAAAAAAAAAAAAGAUUAGUAAAAAGUCAAAGACAAAUGAUAAAAGUGCAAACAAAACUACACAUUUCACCUUCUCUAAAAGCAAUACACAAAAGCAAUUUGAUGCAUGAUACAAAAAAACAUUUCGAACAAGGUUGUUUUCUACAAGAAAAAUACAAACUUCGAAGGAACAACACUAUUACGGUUGGCAAUAAUAUAUUCAUCUAUUAACGAACUCAAUUUUUAAAUACGAUUAAGAUAAGAGAGAGAGAGAAAGGUGGUUACUCUUUGCUGUUCUUUAAACUUCUAUUCAUGUUAAACGUGUUAAGCGCUGCGGGCUAAGAUUAUCUUUAGUCUCCAUGUAAGUAAAUGGUGUGUUGCGUGGUUUUAAACGCUCGAUCGAAUAGAACUGAGUUUGGAGUGAAUAAUUAUGCAAUAAAGCGUAUUAGAUGAAUUACACUA